CACGCGAAUUAUACUUAACAUGGGUUCAGAAAGUGUUACACACUCAUCAAAGCAUUAUAUUUUGGUACAUGGGGUUUGCCAUGGUGCUUGGUGUUGGUACAAGAUCAAGCCACUUCUAGAAUCUUCAGGCCACAAGGUCACGCUUCUUGACCUUGCUGCUUCUGGAGCCAACUCGAAGAAGCUCCAAGAUGUUGAGACUCUUUCCGAGUACUCUGAGCCUUUGUUGGAAGUUAUGGAGUCACUCCCCCCAAAUGAAAAGGUGGUUCUUGUGGGACAUAGUCUUGGAGGGCUCAAUAUUGCACUUGCCAUGGAAAAAUUCCCCACAAAGGUUCAAGUUGGUGUUUUCUUGACCGCUGUUGUUCCUGACACUCAACACAAACCAUCCUAUGUCUUGGAAAAGUACAGUGAAAGCAUGCCUGCGACUUCAUGGAUGGACACGGAAUUCGGCAAGUGUGGAAACAAAACAUCUCUCUUCUUUGGUCGCAAUUUCAUGUCCAAAAUGCUCUACCACCUAACCCCCCUUGAGGAUCUAGAACUGGCCAUGUCUAUGUUAAGGCCUGGGUCACUCUUCAUUGAAGACUUGUCUCAGCAAAAGAACUUCUCAAAAGUGGGAUAUGGGUCAGUUCCACGUGCCUUUAUUGUUUGCACUCAGGACCUUGGGGUUCCAUUGGAAUUUCAACGGUGGAUGAUAGAAAACGCUGCCAUUAGUGACGUCAUGGAAAUCAAUGGCGCAGAUCAUAUGGUUAUGCUUAGCAAGCCCCAAGAACUUUGCGAUUGUCUCCUAAAGAUUGUUAUGAAAUACCCAUGAAUGAAUUCAUGUAUGUCAUGAAGCAGGUGUAAGUUAGAUGAGAAAAAUCAAAUAAAAAUUUAUAAUGUUAGUUUAUGUGAUACAAAAUUGAAGUUGUUUCCUGCCUGCCGAAAUUUUGACUUU